CUGUUUAGAAGAGGAGAAAGCGGGGUGAUUGUGGCUUACGGUAGUUGUCGCGUGGGAGGUCCUGGGCGGCAUCAUGGUGCUCGGGUGGUUACUUCCAGAAUUGGGUGGCUCGCUGGUGGCACGGCAUGGCGCGAGGGCCUGGCAGAGGAAGAAGAAUUGAGAGAGAGAAUCGAGAGUCUGAAAUCGAGACACGGAGAGAGGAGAAAGGGAUCCAUUGUUUUAGGAGGUGUAAAAUACAACUAAACACGAAGUCCGGUUUGAAGUUUUUCACUACAUUACUCCGCCUCUGUUAUCGGACGAAUGAAGGAUAUUUAGUGGAAAUCUGUCUUGACUGCUGCGAAUCAAAGCAAAAUGGUGCAGCUCUUGAAGAAGCAAACAAAGACUCUCCCUUCCUUUACAUGUCUCUUCCAGUCGCUCUCUUUUUCUUCCUCCACCAAACACCCCAACCAUUCAUCAUACGUAAAACCCAAUCAAAAUCCACUUUCCUCUCUCACAAACGUCCCUCCUUAUCCCAGUAGCGACACAAAUGUCAUCCCCUUCUCAUCGUCAAAGACCCAUCUUUAUGCCUCCUUCUUCUGCACCCUCAUCCACCUCUACUUGACGUGUGGAAGAUUUUCCAAAGCCUCUCAAACCUUCUUCUCUAUGCGAAACCACGGUAUCGUUCCCAUUGUGCCCUUGUGGAAUCGGCUACUAUACGAAUUCAAUGCCUCUGGUUUGGUUGAUCAGGUAUGGGUUCUUUACAAUAACAUGCUCGCUUGUGGGGUUCUGCCUAAUGUUUUCACCUUCAACAUAUUGGUUCAUUCUUGGUGCAAAGUGGGGAAGUUGGGUCUGGCAUUGGAUUUUCUUAGGAGUGCGGACGUUGAUACUGUUACCUAUAAUACUGUCAUUUGGGGGUUCUGUGAACAAGGAUUGGCUAAUCAGGCUUUUGGGUUUUUGUCAGAAAUGGUAAAGAAGGGGGUGUCUCUAGAUUCUAUUACUGUAAACAUAUUGGCUAAUGGGUUUUGCAAAAUUGGGCUGGUAAAGCAUGCAGAGUGGGUUAUGGAUGAUUUAGUAAGUGGGGGGAUUCAUCGAGAUACUAUGGGUUUGAAUUCUUUGAUUAAUGGGUAUUGCAAAGCGGGGGAAGUUGACCACGCAUUCAAAUGGAUGGAGAAUAGGAAAAAUAACGGUUUUUUGCCUGACAUUGUUACUUAUAAUACUUUGAUAAAUGGGUUUUGCAAGAUGGGUGAUUUUGUUCAGGCCAAGAGUCUUAUUGAUGAGGUUUUGGGGUCUCAGACAAAUGAGGAGUGUGCAGUUUUGAAAACGGAGGAUAUUGAGGAUGGGGCUGACAGUGUGCAUUUGAAGCCGAACCUUAUUACAUACACUACCCUCAUCAGUGCAUCCUGUAAGCAGCAAGGGCUUGAGGAAGCACUUUCUGUGUAUGAGGAAAUGGUUAUGAACGGGUUCUUCCCCGAUGUUGUUACUUACAGUUCCAUUAUGUAUGGUCUUUGCAAGCAUGGGAGAUUAGCUGAAGCAAAAGCUCUUCUGAUGGAGAUGGAGAAGAUGGCUGUGGAACCCAAUCACGUCUCAUAUACUAUCCUUGUUGAUGCUCUGUUAAAGGCAGAAAGAGAUGUCGAGGCUUUUAUUCUUCAGAACCAAAUGGUAGUUCGUGGCAUUAGUUUUGAUGUGGUCACACUUAGUGCUUUUAUGGAUGGACUUUUUAAGGUUGGGAAAGCCAGUGAGGCUGCGCGCAUGUUCAGAACAUUUUUGAAGCUUAACGUAGUUCCAAAUUCUAUCACCUAUUCUGCACUAAUUGAUGGGCUUUGCAAGUUAGGAGACAUGAAUACUGCAGAGUCUGUGCUGCAAGAAAUGGUGCAGAAGCAUGCUUUUCCAAAUGUUAUUACCUACUCCUCUAUCAUUAAUGGGUAUACAAAGAAAGGAAUGCUUGGUGAAGCUGUUAAUGCACUGAGGAAGAUGGUGCAGCAAAAUAUCUUGCCAAAUGCUUUUGUUUACGCAACACUAAUUGAUGGGCAUUUCAAGGCAGGUAAGCAAGCAGCUGCUCUUGAUCUAUAUAAUGAGAUGAAAGUGGGAGGAUUAGAAGAAAACCGUUUUAUUCUUGAUGCUUUUGUGAACAACUGGAAAAGAGGAGGAAGCAUGGUGGAGGCUGAGGGACUAUUCAAAGGAAUGAUGUCUAGGGGCUUGUUGCCUGACCAUGUUAACUAUACGUCCUUAAUGGAUGGCUUCUUCAAAGUUGGUAAGGAGUCAGAUGCUCUUAACAUGGCCCAAGAAAUGACACAGAGAAAUAUUAGGUUUGAUGUUGUUGCAUAUAAUGUUUUGAUUAACGGUCUAUUGAAGCUGGGAAAAUAUGAACUACAAUCUGUUUAUACUGGAAUGAGAGAUUUGGGUUUGUCUCCAGACCAUGCUACUUACAACACCAUGAUUAAUGCUUAUUGUAAGCGGGGGAACUUCGAAAAUGCUUUUGAACUCUGGAAUGAGAUGAAGAGCCAAGGCUUGAUGCCAAAUUCAAUCUCCUCGAACAUUCUGAUUAUGGGGCUUUGUGAAGAUGGUGAUAUUAAGAGAGCAAUGGACAUUUUGAAUGAAAUGUUGAUGCUGGGUCAUCACCCUACUUUAACCACUUAUAGAGUUAUGCUUGGUGCAUCUGCAAAGAGUAUGAGGGCAGAUUCAAUUUUUCAUAUGCAUGAGCAACUAGUAGGUAUGGGGCUUAAACUUGAUCGGGCUGUUUAUAACACUCUCAUCACUACCUUAUGCAGGCUAGGGAUGACCAGGAAAGCCACAUCAGUAUUGAAAGAUAUGACACAAAGAAGGCUUGAAGCAGAUACUAUUACUUACAAUGCCCUUAUACGUGGGUAUUGUGUAAGCAGCCAUGUAAAGAGGGCCUUCACUGUGUAUUCUAGGAUGUUGGUUCAAGGAGUUUCUCCGAAUAUUGCUACAUACAAUCUCCUUCUAGGAGGUCUUUCGGCUGCUGGUUUGAUGAAAGAGGCAGAUGAUUUAUUUGGUGAAAUGCAGGAAAGAGGAUUUGUCCCUAAUGCUUCUAUUUAUGAUACUUUAAUUUCUGGACAUGGCAAGAUUGGAAAUAAGAAGGAAUCAAUAAAACUUUACUGCGAAAUGGUAACUAAAGGUUUUGUUCCCAAAACUAGCACCUACAAUGUGCUUAUUAGUGAUUUUGCUAAGGUGGGGAAGAUGGACCAAGCUAGAGAGCUUUUAAAUGAGAUGCAGGCAAGAGGGGUGUCUCUAAAUUCUUCAACUUAUGACAUACUGAUAUGUGGCUGGUGCAAUCUAUCUAAUCGGCCAGAGUUGGACAUGGCAUGGAAAGUGCCAUAUCGAGCUGAGGCAAAAAGAUUAUUCACAGAGAUGCAAGAGAAAGGGUUUGUUCCAUGUGAAAGUACCCUUUUACGAAUUAGUGCUACGUUUGCUAGACCAGGAAAGAAGGUUGAUGCUAAGAAACUGGUAAAGGAAAUGUAUAAGAGAAAGAAUAUAUGAUAGAUUGGCUCAAAACAGAAGACAGGAGAUGUCUAUUGUGGAUAGCCUACCACUUGAGCACUAAUGGAAGUAUGUGUUACUGCAACAUUCCAAUUAUAUAUUUAGACACAGGGUCCUGAAGUAUUUUCGAAGUUCUUCAUCCCUUUCUGGCAGUAUAUAGAAAAAAGAUAUUUCCAUUUCUCUGGGUUCUUGGAUAUCAAGGGAAGGAAAAAAAAUGUUGAACUACCAGUCAAAGCUUCAGAGCAGAAAGAGAAGUUGACCUGCCCUCCUAGAAGGGGGAAACAUUCACCCUGGAAAACUUUGUUUCCUAAUUAGAGCUUCAUGCAUUCCCCCCUUCCAUGGGUAUCUGUACCCUUUGUACUUUGUGAGCAGCAGAUGCAAAUAGUGAAGCGUCAAUAGCUCUGCCAUUUUGCAAAGGACAGAAUACAUACAUUAUUUAGUUGCUUGUAAGUGUUAUACUAUACAAUCUUUAAUAAAUUACUUAUUUUAGUGCUCUAGAGGUUUUGUUCCUUGAUUUCUUCACUCUGCUUUAGGUCAUUUCUGGCCUUUCAGCAUAAUCUUUACAGCCAUGUUGUGCUUGUUUAACUGUUGGAGAGAAAAGAUAGGCCCUGAGAAGGAGCCACUGAAAACCUCAUAUGCUGGCAUAUCGAAAGCUCUAAAAAGCACUUGUAUAAUUCAAACCUUGUUGUCUUGUAUGGAUUUUCAGUAGUGGUUAGAAGGGCACAAAACGGGACUAAGGUGACAGAGAUGCGAGAAGAAUCAUCUUGGGCUUUUUCAUUUUGGAUCAUGACCAGCAGGUUUCGAAAAAACUAUGAUUCAUGGAAAAAUCAUGAUUGGUUUAUUUCAAGAAGACAGGGUCUAUGUGGUCUUGCAUGCAUACCCACUUCUGCAAAUAGGUUGACGGCCACUUAAGUGUCCAAACAUCUUGGAAGGGGUUUAGUACCAAUGUAAGAGCUGUCUGGACUAAAGAGAGAAUGCUGAGGCAUUUUCUUGGAGCUGCCUUCCAAGACGUUUGAAGACUUCCUCCAGGAGAUGAAAGGGACACUUGGGAAAAAAUUUCCCGUUAGAAGUAGUUGAAUUGGGCAGUUCUGUUAUAUACCUAACAUUAUACUUCUAAGAAAUGGGCUGAAUUGCAAAGGAUGAUGAUGAGAGAAAAGAAAAUCAAGGUACUAAAAAUAUUUUAGAAAUUAAGGUGCUAACAUUCUUCCUGUAAAUGUUUUGUUUAUUGCAUAAUGGCCACUGGUAUGCUAACAUAAUUCCUUACAUUUUUCUCUUUAAUAGCUCAAAAUAUUCAUGUACAUUGCGUGGGAAUACAAGUAGUUAGUUGGUAACAUACAAACACACCUUC